AUGGAGAACAAGGCAAAGAGACAGAGCAAGGGACGACAAAUAAUCCCGAUGAAGAAAAUACCGAGCAAAAACAACCUACACGUGACCUUCUCGAAGCGCCGGAAAGGUCUCAUGAAGAAGGCCGGUGAACUGAGCGUCCUGUGUGGUGCGGAGGUUGCCGUUGUAGUCGUGUCACCUGCCAAAAAGAUCUACACCUUCGGCAGCCCGGCCGCCGAACCAGUCAUCGAUCGCUUCCUCGCCCAAUACCCUAACCCUAACCCUAAUUCUUCCACAGUGUCACCAUAUGAUCAUGAUGAUAAUAAGCUCAGAGUGCAACUUAGCAAGAACAAAUAUUUGGAGGCUUUGGGUGAGUUAGAAGCCAAGACAAAGCAAGGAAAACCGAGUGAAACCGGGUAUUGGUGGGAGGGUCCGAUUCAAGAAUUGGGGCUACAGGACCUUGAGCAUUAUAUUGCUUCAUUGGAAUUGUUGAAUAAGAAUGUGAAGACUCGAGCCGAUCAGAUGGUAAACGAAGCGGCGUCGAAGAAUAAUUUGAUCAUGAAUCAAGCGGCGGCGGAUCAGACGACAAUGGAAGGUUCGAAGAAUAAUUGGAUCAUGAAUCAAGGGGCGGAUCAGAUGGCAAUGGAAGCGUCCAAGAAUAAUUUGAUCAUGAAUCAAAAGGCGGAUCAGAAGGCAAUGCCGCCAUCCAGUUUCUUGGCUUCUGAUCAGAAUGAUCAGAAUCUUCCGUAUUUUCCGUUGGAAGGCACUGGUUUUGGUAAUGAUUUUGAUUACGAGUUUGGUAAUUACGAUUUUGGUAACUUUGAAUUGGAUUUCUAG